ACUCUUACUCAUAAUAAUGUGAACUAAGAGACAGAGAUUCUGGAACUCGCGAAGACAUUUGCACCCGCACAAGAAAUAUGACUCAACAUAUACGAUUUAAAUUGUGCCAUGUCCGAUGAUCCAUGAAAGAAUAAUCGAUUCGUCCAAUGAAGAAAGUCUUUAUAGUACCGCAUUUAAACCAUUUGCCCCGGCUUUCAAUAUCUGAGCAAGUUACCCAGAGAUGAUAGUGCUGCCCUCACCGGCCCUUUAGGUCACGUGUUCUGGACAUUCCAUACUUUUAUGACCAAGUAGAAAUGGGGAUUCCCCGUAGUAACAGACCAACACUCCCUGGAAUUUGUGACGUCAACAUGCUUGAACAUCCAUCCCUGGAGGAUGCGUCCUUCCAGCCCAGUCGCAGGAGGUACAAGUACUACGUGCAGCUGACGUGCAGUGCGUGGUGGGUUUCACAUAGCAAAAUCUGUCAUAAUGUCAGCAAUGGAAGAUAGAGUUUUUGAAUUACCUGUAAAGACCGGAAUAUCACAAGAAGGUCAACGAGUCAAUUGUUUAGAAAAAAAAAUGCUUGAGGUUCAGCAAGCCAUGGAAGGACGCUUCGAGCGUUUAGAGACAUCCUUGGAUCGUGCACUAGGUUCAAUGGUGCCUCGUGUUCAGGCUCUUUUAGAAGCAAUUGAACAACAAUCUUUAAAUAAUGAAGCAUUUAACAGAAGACAAGAAAGUGUCACAAACCCUGAUAGAAAUGGAGAAGUCUCUUUGAUUGAAGAGAGCCAAGAUUCUGCAAGAGAAUUAAAUUUGCCGGAGAGGCUUGUUGGUGCAUCAGCUCGUGGUGAUGUGAGUCGCGUGCAACAGCUGCUAGAAGCGGGAGCCAGAGCUUUUGAUCGAAGUGCCGAUGGUGACACAGCACUGCAUGCAGCUGCAAGAGAAGGUCGUGCUGAAGUUGCAGAGAUAUUGUUGUGUGCUGGAGCGGAUGUCAACACACGAGGCCAGCACAUGUAUACCCCUUUACAUUGUGCGGCUUUAGAGGGCCAUUCUGCUGUUUUGCAGAUCAUUUUGGGUGCUAAACCACCUCUGAAUGCAGAAGACGUCGAGGGAGCCACAGCUCUGGCCUUGGCUGCAGCUGCAGGGCACAAGCGAGUGGUGCAUCUGCUGUUGGAAAAAGGAGCCCAAGUUGUGACCAAUAAUGCUUGUAAUAAAGCACCAUUAAUAAUGGCUGUUUCAGCAGGACAUGAAGAGAUUGUAAAACAACUAUUGGAUAAAGGUGCUAAUGCAAAUACAACUGAAAAUGUACAUGGACACACUGUCCUUAUGUUAGCUGUGUUAGGAGGAAACACAGAAAUUGUUAAACUACUUUUGGGGAACAAGGCAAAUGUUAACACAACUUCAAAGACCGGACAAACAGCUCUUAUGUUAGCAGUUAUAGGACGCUUCACUGACAUAGUUAAGUUACUCACAGAGAAGGGAGCGAGUGUGACAGUACAGGAUGGCAAUGGCAAACCAGCAGUGUUUUUGGCAGUUUCCAUGGGCUGUAGAGACAUUUUGAAACAUCUUUUGAACAAGCAAGCUUCACCAGAUGCCAAAGAUUCAUCCAACAAAACAGCUCUCCAGCUUGCUGUUGAAAAUGGGUUCACUGAGAUAGUACAACUGCUCCUUGAGUAUGGGGCAAGUUCAACUCUGUGCUAUGAUAACUCUAACUGUCCCCUGAAAAUAGCAAUUCAGGGAGAACGUAGUGAAAUUGUAAAAGCAUUACUGAGGCAUGACGCUGGAUCAAACUCUGAGCAGGUUCUUGAUGCUCUCAAAUCAAUGAAGAACCCAUCAGUGGCUUGGGCUAUGGUGGAUGGUGUCCCAAACGUCAUCCGUGGUGAAGCUGGGAUUAAAGGGCUCUUUUCAGCUGUGGCAAAUGAGCACACAUCUGUGGUACAAGUAUUUUUGGAUGUAGGAUUGGAUCCAAAUAGUCGAAACAGUGAUGACUGGACACUUCUACACAUUGCAGCCAAAGAAGGUCGCCCAGAUUCAGUGCGGGUACUUCUUCAGAAGGGUGCUGAUAUUGAAGCUACUAAAGAAGGACUCACAGCUCUGCAUGUUGCUGCACAAGGUGGUCAUCAUGAAUGCCUCUUGCAGCUUCUGAAUAAUGGCUCAAGUGUUUCUAAAGUAGAUGAUCAAGGAGCAACACCCCUUCAUCUUGCUGCAGCCAGUGGUUCAGCUAGAAGUGUUACUGCUUUGUUGGCAGCUGGAGCAGAUUUUUCAAUAAAAGACAUCUUGGGCAACACCCCACUUCAUAAUGCUGCCGAAGGAAGUCAUGAAGAAGUUGUACGCAUAUUAUUAGAAGCAGGAGCGAGUCCUCUGGAAAGAAACAGAGAAGGAGAAAUGCCCUAUGACAUUGCAACUUCUGAAACUGUUCAAGAGUUGCUAGAAUACGUAAAAGGCUGUUACAGAAUUUCAUUUACAAAUCCCACUUAUGAAGAAGCAUUUGAAGCGGCAAGAAAAAAGUGGGAUUCUCCGUUGAAA